AUGAUUGAACCGAGGAUCUUCGAUCAGAAUGACGAACACCUUGAUGCGUCGGAACCGCCCAAGACCCAUCUUUUACAUCCACCAGUGCUGCGAAUAAACACCAAUACAAUAUUGGACACGAAACAUGUAUGUAAUAAUCAACUAGACAGAAGCCCUUUGAUUCACCUCACUCUCACUGCCAGGAGCGUACCAACACCACAGUUGCACCAAAGGACGCCAUUUCUCCAGAUAUACCGGCUAACGACUACUUCUAUAUGUGGAUCCCCUACGGACUCUUUACGUCGCCAACGGCGCUACUCCAUAGCGGAACAGGCCUUGGAGCAUGCACUUAAGAGUUGCACAAGCGAACGGUCCCCUCGAGAACUUCAAAUUCUUGCUUUGGAAAAAGCCACAGCUGUACUGAGUACACGUGCGAAUGAAUCCAGAGACCGUGCUGCCAAGUUAAGGGUUUGUCUCGCGGAUAGAGAGGUCGAUCCCGAGUGCUACGCUGCCCUACAAUCGGAUCGCUGGAUGGAAGAACGACGGCAGUUUGAAGCAGGCCGUGAGGUUCGCCAAUUGAGUCAGCAUUUGGCUUCACUCAAGUUGAAAGGGGGCGUGCCGGAGCAAGGAAGGUUUGACGAGAAUCUUCCAGUUACACCCCUCGACAACGAGGCAAGGCGCCGGGCUAAUCUUGUUAGAUUUUUCGAACGAUCCCCCACGAGGACAUCAUUUCACAUCCACCAUAAGUGCAGGCCUUUUUUUGUCGACUGCACCUUCUCACGCCGGAUAACCAUGAGCGACAUCUCGCCCCUUCGACUCCGUCCGUCGACCAGUGUCACUCGGAGGUUCACAACACAGAAUGCCCGUCCAAAAUCAAUUGGUGAUGAGUCAUCUGUUCUUCCCAGAUACUCCAGCAAAUCACGGGUCGCAAGUGGGCCAUCUAGACCUUCCUCACUAGUUAGAAAUAUGGGUCCUUCCAAUGCCGAAAAAAGUUCAUCUUUGUCGCGGUCAUCGACCCCUUCAUCUCGCUUGGUCUCAUUUAAUGAACUCACCGAUGACGUGAUGACUUCCACACGGCCAUCGACUCCUCCGUUAUCCAUUGCAUCGACAUCUUCAAAUGGGGUAUCACAUGUAUCAGAGACGCCGCCACAAGCGCCUUCAGGAGGCGUGGCGACAAUUUAUGCGAGUUCUUCACCACGCUCGCAUAUGGAGAUCCUUGCAGAAUUAGACGAGGACUCGGUCUGCGUGCCUGAGUACGCUGUGAACCUAUUAGAGGGGUUCGAUCUCAUUCACCACGAUAUUACUCUUCCAGAGAGAAAUCUUUCCUCAAAGCCGAGGGAAGAGGAGCCCGCAGCAGGAGUACCCCGUCCAUCGGAAGAAUCGGACACAGGGCCUUAUACCUCAUUCGCUCUCCCUCCGUUCCAACCGGAUCCAUUAUGGUCCCAUACAUCACUCAAUGCGCCUUCCACACCCCGGUCCCACGUACCAACACUGCAUCCUCUUUCUUCUGGAUCAUCAACGCCCUCAGGCUUGAGCACGCCGACGGGGACGCGGCCCCCUGCGCCGUCCUCACGGCCACACUCGCUCCUGUUUCUCAUGCGGAAGCGCAAGGACUUACAGUACAGCCCAGCAUCAUCAACAUCGUCAAUGACAAACCCAGACGGAGACAGUGCGCGAGGGUCGAAGCGGCGAUUUACGUUGUUCGCGAGGAAGUAG